CGCUGCAUCCGGAUCAAAUUGACUACGCAGAGCAUCCUCCGCUGGAAGGCAUCUUUCCGCAGACAUACAAUGGGGCGCAGAAAGUCAAAGAGAAAGCCACCUCCCAAGAAAAAAAUGACUGGGAACCUGGACACCCAGUUUACUUGCCCGUUCUGUAACCAUGAGAAAUCCUGUGAUGUCAAAAUGGAACGGACCCGCAACACGGGAAUUAUAUCCUGCAGCGUUUGCUUGGAGGAGUUCCAGACUCCUAUAACAUAUCUGUCCGAGCCAGUGGACGUUUACAGUGAUUGGAUCGAUGCCUGUGAAGCGGCCAACCAGUAAUCACGUCGUCCUAAACUCACCUCCUCCUCUAACCUCACUCUCUGCUCGUGUGGUUUUCUGACUACGACACAUUCCCUCCGGCUGGGCCAGAGUGUUGCCAUGUCUCUGUCACAGUUCUCAGUGUGAAUGUUGGAUUAAAUCAUGAUGGGGUUUUUUGGACUAAACAGUCAUAUUAUGCAUAUAUUAAUGUAACCUGAAAAUAUUUCAAAGUGUUGAACAUUCCAUGUCCUCCACUGGUAUUUUUUUGUGAUUUCUGGAAACAAUCUGAUUGUCUUUAGAUUUUUGUAUUUUACAGAUUGCAAUGACACAAUGCUCUUUUAUGACAGGUAGUUUUUGUUUGUUUUUAACCCUGUUACUAAUGCACUGACAACCUUUAUUUUUUCCAAAUCUGUUUUGCGUUAUUUGGACCGGUAUAUAUUUGUACUGCUAGACUUUCCUUUUAAAAAAAGUACAAUCAUGUAAUUUUUAUGACACUACUUUAUUGUAUUUCACAUGUGUACUCUGAGAUGCUGACAGCAUUGAAAAAAAAUCAAGUCACAAACUUA